AGUAGAUUAAAUUUUGUUUGUAAAUCGCGAGAUAAAACAGAUAUUUUUUUUCGUUUUGUUGCUUUGUUUACUUAUUGGUUCAAACGAAAGAAACAACAUUUAAGGCGACGACGGGUUUAUAAACAUUGUUUUUUUGUUACUAUUAUUAUUAUUUUUUUUUUGUUGCGCGCAUGAUGUGCAUUAAUGGAAAAACAUCAUUUUUCGUAUGCUAACUUUUUAUCUCUCAUACCUUUUUUGAGCAAUUUUGAAUUCAAUUAAUUCAUUGACAGAACUUUUUCGACAGAUUGGCCCAAAACCGGAUAAAACAAUAUUUACUAGAACAAGUGUUAUUGCAAGAAAAAGUUGACAGUAUUUCUCAUUUAAUAAAAUUAAACCAGAAAUAAAGUGUAAAAAAAUAUAACUUUGGGUUUUGAUGUACUGGGGGAGAGAGAGUAUCGUUUGUAUUUUUUAUCUGUGUGCGAAACGUCGCGAAAUUAAUUUUGUUUUUGUAUUUUUUUCCUAGAAAUACAUAUUUAAUGCACAGGCCAGGCCACUUAAGCUUACGAGCAACGAAUGGGUAUUACGCGUUUCGAUCGAUUCGAGGAUAGAUCACGCAUCUUUUUUCUUCGAUCCAUCAAAUUUGUUGAAGAUACUUUUUAUUAGGUACCUAUUUGUUUGUGCAAAAAGUGAAUCAGUCGAAAAAUAUUAUUAUCAUUUUGGUUCUUGAUUUGGAGAGAGAAAAGCAGAAAUAGUAUUUUAUGCGUUUAAACAAUAAUCGCUUUCAGCAAUUAUACUUUUUGUGGUGCGUUUUAAAUGUGAUAAGAGAUAAGCCCGCUAAUCCGGUUAUAUUGUGUCUGUGAAAUUUCCUUUCAGUUCUCUAGUAUUUAUUCAUUCUUUGACUUGUCGGUGUUGUUGUUGUUGUUGGUUGUAUUGUCAUUUGUCACAUAGAAACGUGUAACACCUUUACAUUAGAGAUUCGUAGAAUAUUAUCUCCCUCUAUUUCUCCAUACAUCACAGAAAAAAUAUCAUUACCGUGUUCCCUGUACCGUCGCCGUCUUUCCUACCUGCAAAACUGUGAGUUGCGAGUCUGCGAAUGUGACGGAAGAGAAUAAUUUGUGUUUAGGUACAUUGCUCUCGUGUCUCGUGUUAUUACAACUACUGUCAAUCGUGAUUCGUAAUUUUCUUCUGCACAGAACGUCAUAGAUAACCGAACCGAACAGAGAGAAGAGAAUGUGAAUCAUAUUCAAUUAUUAAUUUCCUUUCCUAGUGUCAUCUCGAUUUUAUAAUUGAAAAAAAAAGCUAUUUCAUAGUGCAAAGGGAAUGAAAAUAUAAUAAAAUUUCUCUUCGUGAUAUUGUCGUCUAAGAGUACUAUAAUACAAAACGGAGUGAACAUUUCGUAAUAAAUUAGAUUAAUUCUUUAGAGAAACAAGUAAAACAGCUCGAAAGAAAUGGUUGAAUAAUUCAUAAAUUGUUUUAUGUAAUUUUUUUUUUGUUGGUGUUAAUAAUACAAAAAAAUUGGUUGUGUUUAAAAAUUAUCAAAAACAAGAGAAAGUUUAUUUAAAAUUUAAUAUUUGAAUUUGUUGUCCAUACAAAAAAAACACAUUGUUGGUUAGUUUGCAAAAAAUUCUGUGAGAAGUCUUAAUUUGAAGAAUAUUUUUUUUUAUUAAAAACGAAAAGAAAUAUAAAAAUAUCAGCAAAAUGUCAAGAUUUCGUGUUUCAUCAAAAAUUUUGAUUAGCGGCAUUCCGCUGCAAACACGUUUCGAAGACAUCGAACCACUUCUCAAGCCAUUUGGCACCGUCAAACAGUGCGAGGCUGUAACUAGUAAGGAUCCAAAUACUCAGACUGUACAUAUAACGUUUGAGAAUCCUGAUCAGGCACAAAGAGCUGCUGGCGGUCUUAACGGUGUCGAUUUCGAAGGUAAUAAGUUGCACGCCGAGCAGCUUGACAAAAAUCAGCGCCGAAACGCACGUAGCGCUCGUAAUCAAUACGCUGGAAUGCCAGGUCCGGGUCGGCAAGCUGAUUUUCCGCUGCGCAUAUUGGUUCAAAGUGAAAUGGUUGGUGCUAUAAUUGGUCGUCAGGGUAGCACGAUUCGGACGAUUACUCAACAGAGUAGAGCUCGUGUAGAUGUCCAUCGGAAAGAAAAUGUUGGCAGUGUAGAAAAAGCUAUCACCAUCUAUGGAAAUCCUGAAAAUUGCACAAAUGCCUGCAAGCGAAUUCUAGAGGUGAUGCAACAGGAGGCCAUUUCUACAAACAAAGGUGAAAUUUGCCUUAAAAUACUAGCGCACAAUAAUUUAAUUGGUCGCAUCAUUGGCAAAAACGGUAACACUAUCAAACGGAUAAUGCAAGAAACUGAUACGAAAAUAACCGUUAGUUCAAUUAAUGAUAUAAGCAGCUACAAUUUAGAGCGUAUCAUUACUGUGAAAGGUCUUAUUGAGAAUAUGUCCCGUGCAGAAAGUCAAAUAAGUUCCAAACUACGACAAAGUUACGAAAACGACCUACAAGCAAUGGCACCACAAAGCUUAAUGUUUCCUGGCUUGCACCCGAUGGCAAUGAUGUCCACACCAGGCAACGGAAUGGUUUUCAAUCCAAGCAUGCCGUACACCUCAUGUCCGGCGUUUCCAAUGGCUAAGACACCAGCGGCAGUUGUUCCUCCCGUCUUCCCGAAUGACCAACAAGAAACCACAUACCUUUAUAUUCCUAAUAAUGCAGUUGGUGCUAUAAUCGGAACCAAAGGCUCACACAUUCGAAAUAUAAUGAGAUUUUCGGGUGCGUCAGUGAAAAUUGCACCGCUGGAGACCGACAAGCCAUUGGAACAACAGACCGAACGUAAAGUUACAAUAAUUGGUACGCCCGAAGGCCAAUGGAAGGCACAAUAUAUGAUUUUUGAAAAAAUGCGUGAAGAAGGCUUUAUGUGCGGUACUGAUGAUGUACGGUUAACGGUAGAGAUAUUGGUAGCUAGCUCACAGGUUGGACGGAUAAUUGGCAAGGGUGGACAAAACGUCCGAGAAUUACAGCGGGUGACAGGUAGUAUUAUUAAACUUCCAGAACACAAUGUUACUCCAGUGACGGGUGAGGAGGAAACAACUGUUCACAUAAUUGGGCCGUUCUUUAGCGUACAGUCUGCUCAGCGAAGAAUUAGAGCGAUGAUGAUGUCAACAAAUCCACCUCCAGUAACUAAAAAACAAAAAGCUGCUAAAGAACAAUCAUCAUCAACUAGUGGGACCCAAUCACAGACACAACAGAUCCCGCAACAGCAGCAACAACAACAACUACAGCAGCAACAAUCUUCUCCACCUCAACAACAACAUCAGCAAUCUUCAAGUUCGAGUCAGUAAAAGUAAAUUGAGAGUGUUUUAUUUUUUUUUUAUUUUUUUUUAUUUUAUUUUUUUUUUUUUCAUAAAUUAGUAAUUAAAACAUUCGCAAAAAAUAAAGAGAUAAUUACUACCAUUAGAAAUUAACUCUAGUAGAUAUAUAAAAAAAAACACACACUCACUAAACAACCACUUCAAAAAUACCCCACCCAAAAAACAAAACGCAAAAAAGUAUAUUAAACCAUUUGCAUAUAAAACUAUAGCAAAUAUGUAAAUAUAAAAGUGCUUUUUUUAAAUAUUUUUAUUUAUCAAAACACAUAUUUUUCGCCGUGAACCCACACUGUAUAGGUUUACUUAAUAAGAUUACCGAAAAAAAAAAAAAACAAUUAUAUAUAUAAAAAUUAAAUGGUAUUUUAGAAAGUCCCGAAAGAGAAGGUUAAUUUUGUUGAAUUAAUAUAAAAGCGAAGAUUACAGAGAAAAAAUACUUCUUAAUUUAAUAGAAGAUGCAACAAAAGGAAAGUAACACUUUAAUAAAAAAAAAACUUAAUUAAACUAUAAGAAAAUAAAUAUCAAAAUGAUGUUGUUAAUAUUAAAUAAAACAAAAAUAAUAAUUAAAACUAAUCAACCAUUCUAAUAUAAAAAGAAAUGAAUUGCCUUUUAAACGGUGCUGAAAUGUAAAUGAUAUUUUAUUAAUUAAUAUUAAUUGAUCUACUUACUUCUAUUCCUAUAAAUAUUAAACAUAGUGUAUCGUUUUCUUUUUUUUUUUUUUCAAAAACAGAACCAUUGUUAAUUCUUGUAUGUUAUUUAAACAAUUUUUCUUUUUUCCUGUUGAUCACUUUUCCUUAAACUAAUAUAAAUAGUUCACCAAACCACCAACAAACAAUCAAAAAUAGUAAUAGAAUGUUUUUUUUAAUUGUCAAUCUGGAAUUGAUUGUCAUAAACAAUCAAAUCCAAUUUAUCAUUGUAAACCUAUGUAAAAUUUUAUUUUUACAAUUCCUAAUAAUAGCUGCAGUUAUUUAUAUACGUUGUUCUAUAGACAUAAUUGAAAAAAAAAAGUUGAAUUGUUAAUUCACUGUUAUGUUCAUUCUAAGAAAAAGUUGUUCAAUAGUUUAAUUGUUUAAAUUUAAAUGAAUUAUUUAAACUUAUAGAGAUUAAUUAAAAUCUAAAUAAAUAAAUCACCAGCCACAAUAUUCCGUUCUACAAAAAAAAAAAUCUAAAUUUAACAAACACAUUUUCGGCACUAAAUUAAAAAAAAAAAUUGUUCAAACAUUUCGGCAAAAAAAAAAAACACUCACACCCAUUACUGAAUCCAUCGGAAUCAAUCUAAAAACAAUAAGACCAAAAUAAAUGGAAUUUUUCAUAAAAAGUUUCAUUAGUUAUAAUCACUGUGACAAAUUAAAUCAUAGUCAUAACUAGAUAACGACGGAUUUCAAGAAACGGGUGUGAAUUAAUUAUAUCAAAAUUAAUAUUGUAAAGAAAAAUCAAGAAAACAUAAAUUAGGAAAUCUACAAAAAUUAAAACCAAUAAUAUUAAAACUAUUUAAAUGAAAUAUAAAUACCUCAAUAUAAGUGCAUUAUCUUAUAUAAAAUAAUAAAUUAAUAAAACAAAAAAAAAAACAUAUUAAUGGUUUGGAAACUUAAAAACUGUAUGCAUGUCCCUGAAUUGUGUCACUCAAUCCUAAACCAUCUACUUAAACUUAAAAAAUUUUAAAAAUUAAGAUCAAUAACGCAUAUCAGUUUCAUUGUUUAAAUGAAAACAAAGUUUGCAAAUACAUUAAAAAACAAAAUAAAAAGACAACCAACUACAGACAACCAACAACAACAAAAAUUAUAUAACAUAAUUUACCAUUGAAGCUUGACUCUAAACCGAAAUUUUAAACUGAAAAAUAAUCUGAAAAAAAAAAUCUACAAUACUUUCGUGGACAAAAACUACUAUCCCUUGAAUAUAAUAACAUAAACAGACUUUACUUUCUUGUGCAUCAAAAUACUGCUUUUUAUGUUACUUGUCAUUUUGAAGCAACAAAAAAGUAUACAAACUUCACGAAAUUAUAUUUGGGCUAUUUUAAGAAGAAAAAAAAUAUUCAAGAAAAUAGCUUGUGUAAUAGAAAAAAAUAGUAUAGUAAAACAAGAAAAUAAAAUAAAAAAAUACUUUGAAGUGGGGUUCAAUCUAUAAAAAAAAAUUAAAAAAUGAAAAAUAAUAUGUAAACAUAACUUUUUUAACAUUUUUAUAUAUUUAUAUUUAUAUGAAUAUAUUCUAUAUAAAGAUUUUAUUUUGUUGGAAAAAUCGUAUAUUCAGAGAAUAAAUUUUUAAUAUAUUUUAUAUAUUUAAUGAGAAAAAAACAUAAAAAAAUUAUAAAGAAACAACAAUUUUAACUAUUUAAGGAUACGUAUCGAGGAGUUGCUUUCUCAAAAUAUAAAUUUGUUUCCUAAAGAACAUUGCAAAAGCCUGAACGGCCAACAUCAUUUUGAAGCAACAAGAAAUCUUCCAGUUCUUAAAAAAAAAAAAAAAAACAAAAAAAAAAACUUAAACAAACCGGGAGAUUUAUACCUAAAGUGAAGACAUUGAAAAAAAAAAUUAUAUAUUAUUAAUGAAAAAAAAGAGAGAAAAAAGUAUUUUUUAUAAAAGUAAAACUAAAAAAUUGAUUCUUAUGGAGAGAAAAACUUUUUUAAAUAUUUAUAGUGUUUAGAGGCUAUUUAUAUCGUUAUAUAUUUUUAUUGUAAGGAAAAAUGUAAAAAAAAGUUUUUAUUUAUUAUUUAAAAAAAAAAAUGCGAAGGAAACACUAACUUAAUUUUUGUUGAUUUGAACGUGUUGUUGUUUUCUUUCUAAAAUAUUUCUUGAAGGGAUUUGUAAAUUAAGAGUGUAUAAGUUGUGCCAAGUACUGAUUAAAAAAGUUAAAUUAGUGUGAUAAUUGUUUUUUUAAGAUGCGACUUUAUUUAAUUAAAAAUUUAUAAAAAAAAAAAAUGAUAUAUAAUAUUAUUUGGAUAAUUUUUUUCUUUAAAAUUAGUGUUUUUGCUAAUCAAAAUUAAAUUUAUAUAAAAAUCGCCAAAGUUUUUUUUUCUAAAAAUUUAAACAUAACUUUUAAACUUUGAUUUUAAUCGUCAUAAUGACAGGUGGAGUUUAUCACACAAUUAUUGACAUCGAAUAAAUAUUCAAAGGAAAAGCACACAUACAAAGAUAUCUCUCUUAAUAUACCUAAGACACAAAUAUAUAAAGCCACCAUCAUAAACAAAAAAAAAAUGAAAACAACAAACAUACUUUUAAAAUAUUAUAAAAUAACAACAAAUUACUAAUUUUAUCCCAAAUUCAUUUCGGUUAUUUUUUUUUUUUUUCAAUUUUGAUAUUAAACAAAAAAAUUAUCUAAAACUUUUUUACUUAAUAUAAAAUCCUUGGUAAUUUUUUGAACAUUUCAAAAGUUUUUCACGUACAAAUUUCAAGUACAAAUUGAACAGUAGAAAAAUUAUACAUUUUUAAUUUUCUUAAAUUUCAAUUUAUUCAUAUAAAAAAAUCAAAGCACCAAAAGUGCAAUGACAAAAACAGCAGAAAAAAUACUUAGACAUUUAGAAAAAAUAACGAUAUAGAUUUGCAGACGAGAAAUUCAGCCACUAUAAAAUGAUAAAAAAUACAACAAUCGAACAAUUUUUUGUUAAAAAAAAACAUCAAUCAAAUCUUACCACCAAAAGAACCACUCCACAAUAAAUAAUAUAAAAUAUUUUUUUCUUCAGCCUAAAGCAAACAACAAUCAGAGAGCAAGUCCAUUAAAAAUAAUAAAUUGAUUCUCGAACUAUUAAAGGCAUACAAAUAAUACAAAAUAAAAUAAUAUAAACUCCCAUUCUGAAUUGCGACGGAGUUGACAUUGCUUUCUAAAAUGUUUUGUAUCAAUUUUGAAAGGACAUCGUAGAAUAUCCUGCUAUUUUGUGAUCGGUUAUCAAGCUCAUAAUUGCCCGAUAUUUGUAACCGACUAUUUUCACUAAAUUUCAUUCAAAAGAUAUAAAGAUGCAUUUCUGAAAAAAAUUUCACAUCUGUCAGAUUUCACGAUAGGGACCAUUACUGAUUGUUUCAAAACAAAAUAAGGAAAGGAAAACCCUCGAUUUGAAUAGAAUAAUUUAAGAUUUUCAAAAAAAAAGAAAAAAUUAACUCAAUACAAAAACCAAACAUUAUUAAGUACCAUUUGUACUUUAGCCAAAACGUUAACUAACUUUUUCCAUACAAAAAUUAAGAAAAUCAAACAAAUUGGCCAACAUACAGAAUAAUGCGAUAUUAAAGAAAAAAGUACGAAAUAAAAAAUUAAUUAAAAUUGAAAUUAGACACAACACACUGCCCAAAUUAUAUAACAAAUUUCAAAACAUUGAAGAAAAAUGAGUAGUUACUUGGAUUUUCAAUUACUUUUUAAAGUACUUGUAAAAAAAAUAUAAUAAAAAAUAAAUAACAAUAAAUACAUAUUUCUUUUAGGAUUAUAAGAUAUUGACAUAAAAAAUAAUAUUAUCAAAUCUAUCAAACAAAACAAAAAUCAAACAAAAUAUUAUGUAAAAAGUCGUGGGUUUUUCGUAUUUUAUAUGCAUACACAAAACUACAAAAAAUAAAUUAGAAAAUAGAUCAUGAACGUUUUAUGGGUGUAAAUUACUCGAGAAAUAAGAAAAAAAAAACUACAUAAAAUUAAAAUUGCAAUCAAUGUGCUUAUCAAAUGGACAUUUUAACAAAAAGGAAUCUUAACUAUAACCAUCGUGACAGUUUAGUUUUUUUCGAAUGCUUAUUAAAAUCUUUAUAAUUUUCGUAAUACUUAAUCAACCAUAAAGAAACAAACAUAAAGAAACAAAAACUAAAAUCUAGUCUUAUUAAAAAAAAUAUUAUAUUUGUUGUCCAUUCUAUAGCAACACUUUGAUUGCUCUCGAGUUAAAACCAAUACAAUUUUAUUAUAUUCUCUUAUUCAUGUUUGUGGAGGCAAAACAAAAGUCAGACUAUUACAAUAAAUACAUUAUAUAUGAGCAAAAAAUAUAUAUGUUAAAAUUAUAAACAAAAAAAAAAGAAAAAUAAAAAAAAACACAGAAGUGUUUAAAACAAAAAAGGAAUUUCAAAAAGAUAACAUUCAUUAAAAUAGAAGAGAAUUUUGUCUUUCGUAAAGUCCACUUUGUUUUAUAUAAUUCUUUUUUGGCAUUAUUCAUUUAGAAAAUAAGAUACUAAAAAACAAGCUAAAUAAUGAUAAAUAUAACUAAUUUUUGUUAUUUCACAAAGAAAUAAUUACACAAUGAAAUUAUAAUAACACAAAAAUGAAAAGAAAAAAAUUCCAAUUCAAUCCAAUAAACCUAUACUACACACCAAUAUUCCGACACUAUUAUAGUUGUACACAGCAGACAAACAAACACACCAAAUCCAAAUAAAUAAAUGCAAAUAUUUAAAUACAUAUACAAAUACAUACAUAGAUAUUCAAUAUAACUUAUAUAAAAGCCGCACAAUCAAAACAAAAUACCUUUACAAUAAAAUGGAUUUUUUUUAUUUUUAUAAUGUUAUUUUAUCAGUUUUUAUUUGAUUUUUUUUUAAUUAUGUAAAUAUUUUAAAUAUAUAUAUAUUUAUAUAUAUAAACGUAUAUAUGUUCUAUUUUAACACUUUAUUUUUAAUAUUAAAAUUAAAAAUACAUCGAAGAUAAUGCAAGACCACAAUAAUUUCUUGGAGACUGAGCUACAACAUAUUUAUUUUAUUUGUGGUUUUGAAUUAUUUUCUUAUUCUUACAUUUUUUUUUAUAUAUAUAUAUAUAAAUAGUAAUACAACUUAUGAAUCCAAAAUCAGAUUUGUACAUAACAAAAACAAAUAAAUCUUUAUAUACGCAUACCUUUUGUAUGUAUUUAUCGUUUAUAAGCAUAAUAAUUUUAUACACAUUUAAGUAUUUUAUAAAACUUGUUUUACAAACCAGAUAAGAUACAAAAGUUAAAACAAAUAGUCUUAUAAUUUCUUCAAAAUAAACUAUCAAUUUAUAAUAUAAAAACAUACAUUUUCUUAUUUCAAAUAUUUAAUCAUGUAAAGGAAAAUUGUAAUUUUUUAACAAAAAAAAAAAAUAAUAUUACCUCCAAACAAUAAAACUACAAAAAAAAAAAAUAAUAAUUUGCCUUUUACCUUAUUAUAUUUGUUGCGCUGAAAAAUAAAACAAAUAUAUGAAUAUACAUUUUCAUUACUUUCGCAUUUCAAUUAUUAUUAAAAACAGAAAUAGAAAACUAUCAGAUCCAAAAUUUUAUUUUAUAAUAAAUUUAAUUUAUAUUAUGUAAAUUGUAAAUGAAGAAAAUACUAUACCUACCCAAUUCAUCUUUUACACAAAUUAUGAUGUUCUGAAAUAUGAAAUAGAAAUAUUUGUUAGCAUUUAUAUUAAAAGUUAAUAAAACAGUAAAACAAACAAAAAAAAAACUUUAAUUAUAGAACAUAAAAUAGAAAGGCUUACUGGUAAUGUAAAAAAAGGAGGGUUACAAAACAAAAAAAAAAAAAACACAAAUUUCGAUUCAAAGCAUUUCACAUUGGGCGGCUUGCCUGUGUGAUAAUAGUUUAUUUUCCAGCCGUAUCUUUUAUUCUAAUGUGAUAUGUUUCGAAACGAAAGCAAUUAUUUUUAUUAAAGAUAAAUUUAA